AGCAGAGUCGAACCUCACGCCCCUAAUUGAUAAUACCAGAACACACCUCUAUUUCUUGUCGCGACUGGGUUUCUCUGCUUGUCGCCUCCAUUGAAGUUGUCUCGUCUCCUUUCCCGUCUUUCCUACAGACGAAGGAUCGGUUUCUUUAUCUUUGCUAACCCUAAUUUUCUUUUCUUUCCUAAAUUAUAGAAUCAAACAUUAAUGGAGAGGGUUAUAGGAAAUAAGUAUAAGCUGGGUCGCAAAAUUGGAAGCGGAUCAUUCGGUCAAAUCUAUCUCGCUAGCCACAUCAAUAAUGGUGAAAUUGUAGCCGUGAAGAUUGAAAAUAACAAGACGAAGCAUCCGAUGCUGCUAUAUGAAGCCAAACUGUAUAGUAUUCUUCAAGGGGCGAGUGGCAUUCCGAGCAUAAGAUGGUGUGGGGUAGACGGGGACGAUAACGCGCUAGUACUGGAUUUGCUAGGACCAAGUCUGGAAGACCUGUUCGUCUACUGUGGGAGGAAACUUUCACUCAAAACAGUGUUGAUGUUGGCUGAUCAGAUGAUUUCAAGAAUAGAAUAUUUACAUUCUAAAGGGUUUUUGCAUAGAGACAUAAAACCAGAUAACUUCCUCAUGGGCCUUGGAAGGAAAGCUAAUCAGGUCUACAUUAUUGAUUUUGGACUAGCAAAAAGAUAUAGGGACUUGACAACGCAUCGUCAUAUUCCGUACAGAGAGAACAAAAACUUAACAGGGACUGCACGUUAUGCAAGCUGCAAUACCCAUCUUGGAAUUGAGCAAAGUCGUCGGGAUGAUUUGGAGUCCCUUGGCUACGUUCUUUUGUACUUUUUGAGAGGAAGCCUUCCAUGGCAGGGACUGAAAGCAGCAACAAAGAAGCAAAAAUAUGACAAGAUAUGUGAAAAGAAAUUAUCAACUCCAAUUGAGGUCCUCUGCAAGUCACUUCCUGUGGAAUUUGUGUCCUAUUUCCAUUAUUGCCACUCCUUAACAUUUGAUCAACGACCUGAUUAUGGAUUUCUGAAGCGCCUAUUUCGGGACUUGUUUGCUCGAGAAGGAUAUGAGUUUGAUUACAUUUUUGACUGGACCAUUCUAAAGUUCCGGCAGACACUUGCCAAGAAACAACCACAACCAAUGGGCUUUCAGCCAGUUUCUGGAGUUAUGAGCGGUGGAGAUGUGGCUGUGGAUGUGGAUAAGCAUAAAGGUGAUGUUACAGAGUGCAAAGGAUCAAAUAGUGCUGUUCAUCCUGAUGUCCAUAUGGAGUUAAGAUCAUCAUCCCAGAAUUUAAACACUGAUAAUCCAAUUGACAAACAUAUGGUGACCAAUGUUCCAAUGCCAGCAACUUCAUUAGCUCUCUCCAGUUCCAUUGGAAGAAAUGUAAAGAAACUAGAGGGUGCAAAUGAAGCUGUGAAUAUUGGUCAUGCAUUUGGGAACAAAACUGGUGCCAGCAGAUUGAUGAGAGUGUCUUCAGCUAAGUAAUUGGGGGUACUUUCAGCUAUACAUUCCAGGGACAGAGUCCAGAUACAAUGUUACUAUCAUGCAGUUUGGAUGGCUUGAUCAACUUCAACUCAAGAAUCUCUGUUUCCUCGAUGCACCAUUCACAAGGUGACUAGAAAGUAGGGACAUUGGAUUUGGAUGGUGCUGGGCCAUAGCCCAUCGAAGCUUUUUUUCCUUCACCCUGUGUGCAUGGAUGGAAAAUGAUGAAGCUUAUUAUAUGUUUAAUUGUUUGACAAAGGAUGUGUAAAGUGUUUCUCCUAUCUAUUAAUAAAUCACAAGGUUUCUUGAAAUAUUGUGCACAUAUUUUGAACAUAUAUCUCAUUGUUUCAGGUACCAAGAUUUCUUUGUUUAUUCUCGUGGAGCUUUUAUCGGUUGCCAUUACCUUUUCUCUUCGUAUGAACACUCAAUGGAACUUUUCUUUCGUGACCAUGUAUAUGUUCCUGCCAGAGAUUCUCGACUUGAUUGGUUUGGUGGAAGAUUGGUAAAUUGAUAACUGCAAAGUCAUUGGGAGAAUUGAUGCAAAAACGAGGAUGGUUUGUUAAAUCCCAUUCUUCCAAUUGGUGUUAUGAAUUCUGUAAUCCAGGAGCUUGUGAGGUAAUCAAUGUAAUUUCUUUUUUCUUUUUUGUCGGAGAACUUACUUUGAAUGUUGACGUUGUUCGGAACUAGAUAUUGUCCUGCCAUAUUCAGCCGUCUAUAUAGCAGGACGACUUGUGUUAUUAUUAUUGCUUCGCAAAGAUAGCUGCACAAAUGAGAAUAAUUUGUUAUAUGUAUUUCAAGUAGAUCUUCAAAGUUGAAACAAAAAAAAAUGUUCACACCAGUUUAAAAUCAGUGCUUGAAAAAAAUCCUCGUUAGUUAUGCUGUUGGUUUUCAUCGUCUUUCUAUCGUUUCCUUUUUCUUGUUGGGGUGAGGGGAAAGGAACACAAGUUACAGCGUUGAGGCUUAAGCUUCUUUUUCUUGUUGCAGAGGAGGCUGCUGAUUCGUUUAGGGG